GGACGGCUUAAUUAAAUUACACGACGAGGUCGUCAGAGUAUAUCGGCGAUAUAAAAGGACCUUCAAGCCGAAGAAGAGUGUUAAACCAGUUGAGAGCAGUGCUACGACAUGCUCGCCUCAUUAAUCCCGUUCUUCUUAGUGGUCCGGGUGACGGUCGACGAGAGCGUCUGGAAAUAUGGACCAGAGUACGUGUUCGACGUAGAGAUGAACGUUACUUCGACUCCGAUGAACCACGAUGGAGUUCAAACGUCGAACUAUACAGUGAUGAACCUCUUCUGUAGACCGAUAGGCCCUGAUGGAUUGUUCUGUCAUUUGGGAAACGUCAGACGACAAAGCAUUGACAUCACCAACGACAAUAAAAUCGACAUACCAGAGGAACAAUCGAGACACCUAAUGAGCGAGGAGCCAUUCGAAAUAAAAUUCAGCGAGAACGGCAUCGAUCGCUUGACGGUGAACGAUCAAGUCGAAGUUGAACAUUUGAAUAAUAUUAAAUUGAUCGCCGAACGAUUUAAUAUCGGAGUGAAUUUGAAUGGCGUGCCCGAUGGAACGUUCCACAUUACGGAGAACACGACGAUCGGAGAAUGUGGCGUGACGGUUGCGAUAAAUCACUAUCCCUCCAAGAGAAUGAUGAACAAGAUAAAGAACGACAAAUACGAUCUGCAAUCUCUGCCACGAUUGAACAAAGUUCCCAGCGAGACUAUACUGAUCCAGAAGACGACCAAUCUGAAUAAUUGCAGCUACUACGCAUCCUUCUACUUUGGAUCUUAUGGUGCCAAUACCGUGGUCGAAGCGGAUCUCGAUUCGCAUCUAGAGAGUUCGACUACGCGUGUCUUCGUGAGCGACUAUCAGUUCGUCUCGUCGAUAACAAGGAUGGGCACUUUGGGCACGGAAAAGAAGAAACUGUCGGCUAUGACGCAGUACGUAAGUCUGUCUCUGAAAGAUAUUCGAGCAGCCAAACGAGAAUUGGUCGAAAUUCCUAAUUCAUCGAUAACUACCAUCGUGGCGAAUUCAGAGACGAAGAGGAUAUUUCCGAUGAAAUGAAUGGUUUUUCCGAUAAUUUCAAAUACAGUUAUAGAUUAAAAAGACAAAGUAUAAUCUGUCGAUGUCAAGCUGUAAGUUAAAAGCAGACAACAUAUUAAUGUACCAUAGAAUGUUUUGUUCAAUUUAUGAUAAAAAAAAUAAAUGGAAGAUAAUAAAUAUAAUCUCGUAUCGAAAUA